UCUGCAUAAAAUACAGCGUCGUCACAAUCAUCCCACGAACCAACUAGAGGCCAGAGCAGCUUGCACCAAAUUUUAGACACACACUCUCUAUAACUAUCCACCGCCUCCAAAAUCCGAAUUCUCAAAUCGGUGAGUUUUAGCUUAGCUUAGCUUAUUAUUGUUAUUAUUUAUUAUUAAAAUACUAGUUCUACAAACUCACGCUUCCUCGUCGGUUCCGUGAGAGGUCAAUCGCUCUCUGAAAACUCGUCUUCGAGGUUGGACGCACAUGCUAUAGAUUUAAACGGAGUUGCUCAUUGAAUCCUUGACUUUCGGGGUUAGAAAAAGAGAAAAGUGCAAUAUCCAAUAUUCAUAAUAUAGAGGAAACUCGAUGGCGGUGACUGUUAGAGCUGGGAAGAGGCUGUGUUUGGAUAUAAGGCAAUAGUAAUAUUUACGUUUAGGUUGAGGAAAGAAAGACGACGGCGACGAAGACGGAGGAUAGUGGUUGGCACGUGAGUGCGUGCAUCACAAUCGUCUGUGCCUGCAGGUGUAGGUUCGUCUGGGUGGGUGGUUAAUUGAAAAAAGAAAGUGAAGUGGAAGGUUGAGAUCACGGUUUUUGAGUGAGGGGGAACAGUGACACCGAAAAUAUGCCUCACAGAGCCACUUACUUUUUCCCAAGGCAGUUUCCCGAAAGAGGCUUGGAUGAAUCUUCCAAGCAGAGAUUAGAUCACGAGAAGAGCAAAAUCGUCAACUCCAUAAAAUCAUCAGAUAGUGCUUUUGGAUUUGAAAGCGACGGGCCGAAAAAGCCGUCUACUACUCCCACUACCGCUGCCAAAGACGACGUCGUUUUCUCCUCUAGUAAACAAUCCGCCGUCUCCGACCUCUUCACCGCCGGCGACAAGUUCCUAACCAAGCAGAAGCAAAUUGCCGCGUUCUGCGAUUGGUUGAUAGAUAAAAAGAAGGAUCAGAACCGACCUAGUCACCAUUUCAAACCCUAUCCAAACGACGAUGAUGAGGAAGAGGAGGAGGAACGCGAGCUUCUGCUUCCUCCGGCGCCGGCGGCGAAAGAUGCUGUUGACCGGAGCUUCGACCGGCAAGUUUCGCUGCCGCGGUUGUCGAGCGGGAGCAGCUAUGCUGGAAGCUUGUUCACGUUGGAUGGCACCGCCACUUUCUCUAGCGACGUAACCAAAGACGUCGAAACCUCGUCGUUUCAAGUCUCCACGACGAAAAGGCGCGAACAAGAAGAGGAAGAAGAAGAAAAAGAAAAACGCAAAAGCCUUCAGAAGUAUAAAGAGAGCUACUACCUGCAACUGGCGUUAGCGAAGAGGCUCACUUGCUUUGCAAGCCUCGCCUCUGAGCCCGUUCUAACGCUCGACGCUGAAAUCGAAACUUGGGACGCCGAAUCCGUUUCGUAUCGUCUAUGGGUGAGUGGGUGCUUGUCGUACACGGACAAGAUAUCUGAUGGUUUUUACAACAUUUUGGGGAUGAAUCCGUAUCUGUGGGUGAUGUGCAAUGACGUGGGGGAAGAAGGGAAGCGGUUACCGACUCUGAUGGCGCUUAAGGCCGUUGAACCAAGCGAGACUUCUAUAGAGGUGGCUCUUGUUGAUUGGCACGAGGACUCUCGGCUUAAGGAACUUCAAGAUAAAGCUCAAGAGUUGUAUUCUGCUUCCGAGAACACAUUGGUGCUGGUUGAAAAGCUUGGAAAACUCGUCGCCAUAUGUAUGGGGGGUACGUUUCCGGUGGAGCAAGGAGAUCUACACAAGCGAUGGAAGUUGGUUAGUAAGAGGUUGAGGAACUUUCAUCAAUGUGUUGUGCUUCCCAUUGGAAGCUUAUCUAGUGGACUCUGCAGGCAUCGCGCGAUUCUCUUCAAGAGAUUGGCGGAUUACAUAGGUUUGCCGUGUCGCAUUGCUCGGGGUUGCAGGUACUGUGUUUCGGAUCAUAGAUCCUCUUGCCUUGUGAAGAUUAAGGAUGACAGACAACUCUCAAGGGAAUAUGUAGUUGACCUGGUUGGGGAUCCAGGAAAUGUCCAUGGGCCAGAUUCAUCCAUCAAUGGAGCUUAUGUGUCUUCCAUACCUUCCCCAUUUCAAAUUUCUCAUUUGAAAGAGUCCCAAUCACCAUAUGAAGAUGCUGCAGCAUGUUCUCAAUCUAUAAGUUUCAAUCAACGUUCUAUAAUCCCGGAAAGUGACACUUAUUCAGGCUGUGUACAGGAAGAUCAACGAGUUAAAGGAACUGAUAUGCUGAAAAAUAAUAAUGGCUUCUUUUAUGCUUCAGUCGAUCAAACUUCUGGAGGUACAGAACCACCUCUAAUUCCUUUUGGCUUGAAAAGGAAUGGCAGGCAACGUGCUAUUCUAGGUUUAUUAAAUUUUCCUCCCAUCUAUGAAGGUGUUUCUGAAGCUCUUCAUCCUGUCUCUGAAGCAUCAUUACACGAAUACACCAGGCUCAGUAAAGAUUCAGUUGUAGUACAAGACACUUCCAACAAGGAGAUCAUUGUAAAGGGAAGUUGUGGGGUACGAAGUAAUUUUAAGCAAUCUAUUUUAAGUUCAUCCAGCGAGUCAGAACAGGAACAGGUAGAGAAUAGGCAUGAAAGCCAGGGUGCUGGGAAUGUUCCAAGAUACUUGAAUCUUGAGCCGUCGCUUGCAAUGGACUGGCUUGAGAUACCGUGGGAUGAUUUACGUAUCAAAGAGCGAGUUGGUGCUGGAUCAUUUGGAACAGUGUACUGUGCUGACUGGCAUGGAUCAGAUGUUGCUGUCAAGGUUUUAACAGUUCAGGAUUUCCAUGAUGAUCAGUUGAAAGAGUUUCUCAGAGAGGUUGCAAUAAUGAAACGUGUUCGUCAUCCAAAUGUGGUGCUCUUCAUGGGUGCAGUUACUAAACGUCCCCAUCUAUCUAUAGUAACAGAGUAUUUGCCUAGGGGUAGUUUAUUCCGCCUGAUUCACCGGCCUUCAUCUGGUGAAAUUCUGGAUCCAAGGAGAAGAUUACGGAUGACUUUAGACGUGGCUAAAGGGAUCAAUUAUCUCCACUGUCUGAAGCCUCCAAUUGUGCACUGGGAUCUCAAAACCCCAAACCUUUUAGUGGACAGAAAUUGGACUGUAAAGGUUUGCGAUUUUGGAUUGUCAAGAUUUAAAGCGAACACUUUCUUAUCAUCAAAAUCUGUUGCUGGAACACCUGAGUGGAUGGCUCCAGAAUUUCUUCGUGGAGAACCUUCAAAUGAGAAGUCUGAUGUUUACAGUUUUGGAGUUAUUUUGUGGGAACUCGUGACCCUGCAGCAACCAUGGAAUGGAAUGAGUCAUGCCCAGGUGGUUGGAGCUGUCGCUUUCCAGAAUAGGAGGCUUGCUAUCCCUUCAAAUGUCUCCCCGGCAUUGGCCUCGCUCAUGGAAUCUUGUUGGGCUGAUAACCCUGCUGAUCGCCCAUCUUUCGCCAGCAUAGUUGAGUCGAUAAAGAAGCUGCUUAAGUCACCAGCGGAUGCGAUAAAAAUGGGUGGGACAUGAGGAGUACGCAGCCUAUGAUUGGCCUUUUUUUGUUCUAAAAUUUGUUACUCUUUUGUGGAACUGUUAACAAGUAACCUGACCCUUGUGGUCAUAUACUCCUAUUGAUGGAACCCUUUGGUUGUUGCAAUUGUAUAUCGGUUGAUUCAUGCUAACCCAUUUCAUAAGGGCACUUAAAGCCAUCAAGUGUAGUAAGUUAAAAGAGGUGCUAAUAGGUGCUGCCUGUAUCCUAGGGGAUCCUGGACUGGCAAACUAAUGACCUCAAGCUCUUUUAUCUAUAGCUUUGAGAUCUAUAAAAUGUUUUGUAAUCUGCUGCCUCCAAGCUAUAAUUAUUUGAACUUUGCUAUUGUUUUUAAGCCUGUAAAUUGUGUAAUAAUCAUUUUGACAGUGUGUAUCAGAUAUCGUCUGGAACCAUGAUCUCUUAA